ACAAGAAAGCAGCGUCACUGUUGACGUCUGUCCAACACCCAACACAGAACAUAUGCUCUGUUCUGUGCUGCCCAAAUCUGUUUAUUGAUUUAUUUUGUUAAAUCUGGGCUAUAGACAAGCAUAGAGAAAAUAAAUAUUUUGCUUACUCUAUGUAGAGCAAGUUAUAUCUGGGCGAACGCCACGAAAAGCCAGUGACUGAUUUGAUUCAGUCCGUUUGCAAUGAACCCCUUGAAAGAACCGUCGCCUCCUGGCUCAGCUAUGGCAACCCCAACGAAUACCAAUGGAAAUUUAGUUGACGAAUUUGAGGAAGCAUUUCAGUCGUGUUUAAAUGUCUUGACAAAAGAGGAAGCUGUUCCUGCAACCGAUAAAGAUGAAAUUAAAGUCGAAGUAGAACAUACCAUGUAUAGAUUUAUCGACAUGGCUAGGCAAAUGGAAGCGUAUUUCCUUCAAAAACGGUUCUUGCUUUCGGCUCUCAAGCCGGAAAUCAACAUCAAAGAAGAUGUAAACGAUCUACGUAUUGAAUUGGUUCGCAAAGAAGAACUAAUCAAGCGACACUAUGAGAAAAUUGCAGUUUGGCAAAACUUACUAGCCGACCUACAUAGUUAUGCGAAGAGUCCAGCGCAAGCAGGAGGCAAUUCGACCCCAUCAGGUGCCGGUUCCAGCGGUAGCUCUAUUCUGCCAUCUCCUGUACAAUCGCUCGCAGGAAACCAACCCACUAGCCAAUUGAUGUCCAGUAUGCCGACGUCAAUGCAGCAGCUGCAGCAUCAGCAAUUACAACAGCAGCACCAACAGUUGCAGCAGCAACAAUUGCAACAAAUGCAAAUGCAGCAGAUGCAGGUACCUCCUGGUUUGACUGGAGGCACUGUCGGUCCCGGAAUGCUCUCUCCUCAUCAAACAAUGUUCAUGCAUCAGGGAAUUGGGGCGACGAGACCCGGCCCUUUUCAGCAGGCUGGCCCGGGUGGGAUGCUGCAGGGCCCUUUAGCUUUUCUAGAGAAAACUACGAGUAACAUAGAUUACGUUGGAGGGUUGACGGAUGGACGCAGGUGACGAGGACGCGGGAGGGGUCGAGGCAGGGGACGGGGCAGAGGUAGAGGGCGCGGUCGCGGUACUUCCACUAUGCAGCCAGACUACCUGUCUUCCUAAUUCCCCUCCCAGAUGCUGAACUCUUUGAUAGUCGUUGGUAAGUAAGCUGAUAUCGUUGUCUACCUUUUCCAAGUACUUUCGGAAUGUUUAUUCGUCUGUCCCUCUGCAAGACUUUUCAAAGCAGACCGCGUCGGUUCAGAUAAACUAUCCUUGACUUUGAUUGCUGAUGACAAAAAUAGAGUUGCUCUUAAUUCGUCUCCAGGGAAACGCUCAGGCUCUUCUACAUAUUCUAGAAAAGUGAAUGUGAAGAAUAAUAAAUACCCUUUACAGACCAACUUUGCUUUGAAAUGCUCAAAAUCAUUACAAUGGAAUCAGCUUAUAAGACCAAAGAAGAAUUAUUCUCAAUACUCUCAAACUGGCCCUCGGUUGUCUAGUCGAAAUUAAUUUUAAUUGAAUUUUUGAUGUUAUACACACGUUGUUAGUCCACGUAGUGAGAUUUAAAACUGUAAGGAUCGCUAGUUGCGCUGCUAAUUUGCGACCAAUUUUAUUAUAUGUAUUUAUUAUUGGAGUAAAGAAAAGAAGCAAAGUGAAUGAUUUAAUUAAGACGAUGAGAUGGUUGAGAUUUUGCAGUGGAAUAAUACAGGGAUAAUCCAAUUUUUUUUCUUAACAAAUCGGGUGUCAAGAAUUCAAGUAAAGGCGAAGGAAUUUAUCGUUAUAAGUGGAUGAAAACCUAUUCGAAGUUUAGCCAAUUAGUGCAUCCAUAAAUGUGAAAAAAUUGUAGGGGUACACGUUGAAUGUUUUUUGAAAGAUUUUCAUAAUUGAAUUUGGCCUAUACAUUGUACUUAUUUCGUAAGGCUGUAUGAAAUGCUCUGAUGGUAAAUUUCUCACAAACUGCCUAUAGAUCAAUAUGUCUAUUUCACCGGACUAUGUGAUGAAUAUACUUAAAUCUAGCGAGUUUAGAAUAAAAUAUUGAGGUUUUUAUGAUAGUACUACGCUCGUUGUUAUAUGCUACUUUUCAGCUACAUGUUUUGAUGUGCUAAAAGGCGGUGCAUACUUUAAAUGAUCAGUAUAAUGCUGGUUCAGUUUUCAGCCUAGGAAUUGUUUAGAAUAAAAACGAUAUUUUCGAAAUCUACUUGGCAUAAUAUUAGCGAAUAGAGUAGUUUGAAUAAAAUUCUACAUCUGGAGGCUGGUUGCGAAUUGUCAGCCAGUUUAUGUGACGCAAACAGUUACUUGAUGAAUAAUUCUUCUGCAUUAAUCAGGGUGUGAGAGGUUAAAAAUCAACAAUUGUGCGUAAUGGAGCAUUUUGGGAAUCCCAUUAUCGUAUUAUAAAAUAGGUCUAAGUAGAUAAUUCUACAACAUUCACAUACAUAGGUGCUAGAAUAGUAGUUAAUUAUACAUUAGCUGUAAUUAUCCCCCUAAUAAUCACUAAAUACUGAUUUUUUAAAAGGUGUUGCAUUUGAAAUGCCGCUUUUUUAUUAAUUCUUUCAUUUGUAAGAAUUGUUCAACGCAUCACAAGAAAUAAAUUUAAAAUAUGUUAAAAUAUUUUUUCCAAUUUCAAGUUAAUUAGUUUGAAUGUUCAUAUUUCUACAAUAUCUUGUGCAAACAUUGAUGGCAAGACAACACCGUAGGUAUAAGUCGUAUAUUCACUACAUCACUUUUAAUUUGCGUUUCCUGUUUUGGGUGGGGUGAGCUGGUUUCUUCCAAAGAUCAUACUUUUAUCGUAAAAUUGUGGAUAGUUAGCUGGGAGCAACGUUCUUGUCUAUUCUGGUUAGAUCGAAAAAAAUAAGUAGGGUAUAAGAGGCACUUGUAUUUAGCAAUAUUCAACGUUAUUCUGUGAUUUUUAUCAAAAUUUUUGAUAUUUUCACUGUUAUACCUAUCUUCCAUAAUGUGUAAAUAGUUGUAGUUCUCGUUCAACAGCGCGUGUCUUUUUGUUGUUUGUAACGUUACCGAAUUUCAAAAUUGUGAUAUGAGAUAUUAAUAAAUAAGGCUAUCAGUAUAA